CCGUACGGAAAUUCCGUCAAUUGCGAUUCCAAUAUCAAAGUGAAUUCAACUAGACGAGUAUAACGCGAAUACUCGUUUGAAAAUUUUAUUGGUGCCAAUUUGGUGUAAUUUUUUCUUUACUUAAUAUUUGCAGUGUGCAUUUAGUUUUUGUAUAAUCAACUAUCAUUUGAAAACGCAUCAAAAUGUUUUUCAACGAUCGAAAAGCUCGAAUUUAUAGAAAAAUUUCAACCGACAAAACAACAGACCCGAUCCAUUCGAUGACAAAUGCACUAUUAAAAAUGAUCGAGAAAAACGGUUCCAAAAUCCUAAACUACUCGGUUCAAAUGGACACGGUCAGAGCGGGGUAUAACUUCUGCAGCGGCAUAGUCAAAUUAACCAUCAGAUUCCAACAGCCAACAGGGGCAGUCGAAGACGGCUCGUACAUUUUAAAAAUCCCCGCUCAUUGCCCAUUCUACCAUCAGCUCAGUGCCCUGAACAUGUACAAGAAUGAAAAGCUCAUGUAUUCCGGUAUUUUUCCAUCCAUGUCCGAGUUCGCUGACUGUACAUGGGUGGCCAACUGCUAUCUGCUACCAGAAGGCGAUAAUUUGAUUUUCGACGAUCUGACCGUAUACGACUACGUAAUGAUGGACAAAACAGAACAGUUGGAUUUAGCUCACAGUGCAUUAGCACUCACAACACUGGCAAAAUUCCACGCCUUAUCAGUGAAAUUGCAAGAAGUGUCGACAAAGGUAGCAGAUAUAAUCAAAGUGCCAUCACGUGAAACACCCAAAAUCAAUCCACCACCUAGUGCUCUCCUGAUGAAAUUCCAAAGUACGUUAGAGAUGCUGGAUUUACCCAAACAUAUCAAGAAAAAAGUACACCAUUUUGUGAAUAAUGACGGAGUAAGAUCAUUUAACCAGACCAUGGUACGAAACGAGAAUUUUAAUGUUUUGUGCCAUGGGGAUUUUUGGCUCGGUAAUAUGUGUACUUCUACGUCAAAAGGACCCAUUUGGUCGGUGCCGAGAAGGGUAUAGAUUUUAUUUUUCAAAAAUCAAAAUAAGCUUCCAAUGUUCUCCAGUGGAUUCCAACAGUGUUUGAGUGUGAAGCUGUCCAUGAAAGCUUCACGUUCGCGCGCCAUUUAAAUCAAUUGGAAAACUUUGGAAGAUUGCACCGAUUUUUGAAAAAUAAAAUCUACACCCUUCUCGGCACCGACCAAAUGGGCCCUUUUGACGUAGAAGUACACAUAUGUUAUUCAAGCAUGACCACGAAGGCAACGUCGAAGAUCUCAAGUUACUGGAUUAUCAAAUGGCUCACUGGUGUUCUCCUGUGAUCGAUUUGAUAAAAUUUUUCAUAACGAGUGUUAAAUUCGACUUGUACGAAAGUAAUCAGGAUGAGCUAAUUGGUUCUUAUUUGGAAACGUUUAAUAGAACGCUGGAGUCAUUGGAGAGUCCAGCUAGAUAUACCUGGGAUGAUUUGAAUAGAGAUAUGCGCCAAUAUAAGCAGUAUUUUUUGUACUGCUUGGGGUAUUAUUUAUCUUCGAUAUUAAGUGAAGAAAGCCCCUUUAAUCAUCAACAAGAUGAUGUCAAGUAUUACUCCAGCCCAGUGUACAGUGAUACCCUUUCUAAAUGGUUGCAGCAUCUGAACCACAAUCGCAUGUUAUGAAAAAUUCCAAUUUUAUUUUAUUCGUAGAUGCAUAGAUAUUUGUACUUGGAUUUUCUUUUUGAGACACUUUGCACUUCCAUGACUCAGCAAUUGGUCAAAUAUCCUGUGGGACAAUCAUGCUGCACAAAUCACAUUUUCCAAUCAGAAAUCAUUGAAUUUGAACUUUAUUGUGUCCGUUUCGUCAUCAUUUGUAUUUUUGUAAUCAUUAUGUUUUGUAUUCUAGAUUCUAGUCGCCUUUUAAGUUUUUAAAAAUUAUUUUAGGUAUCUAUAUUAUAGAUAGAUAAAAAAUGUCUAUUUAAAUUAAAUUAAAUACUUACAUAAUAUGUACCUAUUCUUAAGAACUUUUCAAAUUUAUUUCCAUAAAAU